UUGAAAUGGACACCAACUGAUACCUCUUUCAACGAUCGAUUCAACAAAUACUUGGAUGUUAGUUUCUUUCAGCAUAAAAUUCACUGGUUCUCGAUCAUUAAUUCGUCGAUUAUGACUCUGUUCCUCGUCGGACUCGUUCUAGCGAUCUUGAUGCGGACCCUAAGGAAGGAUUAUGCCAGAUAUUCAAAGGAAUCUGACGUCGAUGACAUCGAAGGUGACCUCAGUGACGAGUACGGCUGGAAGCAGAUCCACGGAGACGUCUUCCGCCCGCCCAGUCACCUCAUGCUCUUCUGUUCGUUGGUCGGAACUGGCUACCAUGUGUUCAUAGUGCUCAUCGUUGUCAUUUGCUCGACGAUCAUCGGCGAACUUUAUACGCAACGUGGGUCUUUGUUGAGCGCGAUCAUCUUUUCGUAUGCAGCUAUUUCUCCUGUAAACGGUUUUGUCGGUGGAAGCAUGUACGCGAGGUUCGGCGGAAAACUGUGGAUCAAGCAGAUGCUGUUGGGAACAUUCCUGUUACCGGCAGUGAUAUGUUCUACGGCAUUUCUCAUCAACUUUAUUGCUGUCUAUUAUACCGCUACCCGAGCCAUUCCGUUCACAAGCAUGCUGGCCAUCACCGCCAUAUGUUUUUUCGUGAUUUUGCCGCUGUCGCUUGUCGGCACCGUUCUCGGUCGCAAUCUAAGCGGCCAAGCGAGCUAUCCUUGUCGAAUAAACGCGGUUCCUCGUCCGAUUCCUGAGAAAAAACUAUAUAUGGAACCUCUAGUAAUCAUCUUGCUUGGUGGAAUUUUGCCAUUUGGAUCAAUUUUCAUCGAAGUGUGA